AUGGGCGGGCGCGCGGGGGGCGGCGCGGCUACAUGUUGCGGUGCAGCCAACGUGGGCCCGCGGCGAGCGGAGCGGCGGGGCCGGGACGGGGCGCGGGGUCCCGCGGGAGUGCCGAGCGGGCGGCGGGCCGGAACCGGAGCCGGGCGGCAGCGGCAGCCGAGAGAAAGCGCUCGCGGCGGCGGCAGCGGAGGGACCGCGGAUCCGCGUGCCUGCGCGGCGGAUGCCCUGAGCGCCCCGCGGGGCCGGCGGCCGAGGCGAUGGCGCGGGUGGCGGAGCUGCGCUGAGCGCUCGGGGCGCCUCCAGCCGGGACCGCGUUCCGCUCCGCUUCGGACCUUCGCCGGUGCCGGAUACAAAAUGGCGGUGGUGCCGUCGCGGGGCGGCGGAGGCUCCGCGCUGCCGCUGCUGCUGGCGGUGCUGCUGGGCUCGGCCGCCGCCUGCCCCGACGGCUGCGUCUGCGACGGGGAGCGGCUACGCUGCGGCGGGCUGGGGCUGCCCGAGGUGCCCCGGGAGCUGCCCCACGGGCUGCGGCACGUAAACCUGAGCUACAAUAAGUUGACCGAGAUUGAUCCUUCUGCCUUUGCAGAGCUGUUGAACCUGCAGGAAGUGCAACUGAACAACAAUGAACUGACUGCCAUUCCCUCCCUGGGACCUGCUGCUUCCAACGUCCGUGCCCUCCACCUGCAUCACAACAGGAUACGCAGCAUUGAAGCAAGUCAACUGAAGCCCUACGUUGCCCUGGAAACAUUGGACCUGAGUUUCAAUGACAUCACGGAAAUCCGAAACGGCUGCUUUCCACAGGGACUUCACAUAAAGGAGCUCUACCUGGGGAGCAACAGAAUCAGCACCCUGGAGCCUGGUGCUUUUGAUAGUCUGUCACGGUCCCUGCUAACACUUCGUCUGAGUAAAAACAGGAUCACUCAGCUUCCUGUCAAGGCAUUCAGGCUGCCCAGGCUGACACAACUGGAGCUGAACCGGAAUCGCAUCCGCCUGAUUGAAGGCCUGACGUUCCAGGGACUGGACAGCCUGGAAGUCCUGAAACUCCAGCGCAACAACAUCAGCAAACUGACUGAUGGAGCUUUCUGGGGGCUGGCCAAGAUGCAAGUUCUGCACCUGGAUUAUAACAGCCUGACAGAAGUAAACAGUGGCUCACUCUAUGGCCUUUCAUCUCUCCACCAGCUUCACCUCAGUAACAACUCUAUAUCCCGCAUCAACCCUGAUGGCUGGAGCUUCUGUCAGAAGCUGCAUGAGCUAAUACUCUCUUACAACAACCUCACCAGGCUGGAUGAGGGAAGCUUGGCAGACCUCGGAGGGCUGCAUGUACUACGGCUGAGCCACAAUUCCAUCAAUCAUAUUGCAGAAGGUGCCUUCAAGGGACUCAAAAACUUGCGUGUUCUGGAACUGGACCACAAUGACAUCUCAGGCACAAUAGAGGACACCAGCGGAGCCUUUACAGGCCUAGAAAAUCUGAGCAAGCUAACUCUGUUUGGAAACAAGAUCAAGUCGGUGGCCAAGAAAGCGUUCUCAGGGUUGGAGGCCCUGGAGCACCUGAACCUUGGAGAUAAUGCCAUCCGCUCAAUCCAAGCAGAUGCUUUUGCUAAGAUGAAGAGCCUGCGGCAGCUCCACAUCAACAGCGACAGCUUCCUCUGUGACUGCCAGCUGAAAUGGUUGCCCCCCUGGUUAGUGGAGAAAGAGCUGCAGUCCUUCGUGGUGGCCACCUGCGCCCAUCCUGAGUCGCUAAAGAGCAAAAGCAUUUUUGCUGUUCUGCCAGAAAGUUUUGUGUGUGAUGAUUUUCCCAAGCCUCAGAUCAUCAUCCAGCCAGAGACCACAGUGGCCGUCCUUGGGAAGGACAUCCGUUUCACAUGCUCAGCUGCCAGCAGCAGCAGCUCCCCCAUGAUGUUUGCGUGGAAGAAAGACAACGAAGUGCUGCAUAAUGCUGAGAUUGAGAACUUUGCCCACGUGCGGGCGAAGGAUGGUGAGGUGAUGGAGUACACCACCAUUCUGCACCUCCGCCACGUCACCUUCGCCCACGAGGGCCGAUACCAGUGUAUCAUCACCAACCACUUUGGCUCUACCUACUCCAACAAGGCUCGACUCACUGUUAAUGUGUUGCCCUCAUUUAUCAAAACUCCACACGACAUCACCAGCCGGACAGGGACAACAGCACGGCUGGAGUGUGCAGCUGAAGGACACCCCACCCCACAAAUUGCCUGGCAGAAAGAUGGGGGCACGGACUUCCCUGCAGCUCGGGAACGCCGCAUGCACGUCAUGCCUGAUGACGAUGUCUUCUUCAUUACGGAUGUGAAGAUAGAAGAUAUGGGUGUCUACAGCUGCACAGCACAGAACUCUGCAGGGUCUGUGCUUGCAAAUGCCACCCUGACUGUACUGGAGACACCAUCUUUGAUUCACCCACUGGAAGACCACGUAGUGUCUGUAGGUGAGACUGUGGCUCUUCAGUGCAAAGCCACGGGGAGCCCACCUCCCCGCAUUACCUGGCUGAAAGGAGACCAGCCCCUGAUUGUGACAGAAAGGCAUCACUUCACCUCUGGCAACCAGCUCCUCAUCGUUAGGAAUGUUGUCUUGGAAGAUGCUGGGAAGUACACUUGUGAAAUGUCCAACACCCUGGGGACAGAGCGUGCGCACAGCCACGUGAGCAUCUUACAGUCUCUUGGCUGUAGAAAGGACCGUACCACUGUGGGGAUCAUCACCAUUGCUGUGGUGUGUAGCAUCGUGCUGACUUCACUGGUCUGGGUCUGCAUCAUCUACCAAACCAGAAAGAAGAGUGAGGAAUACAGUGUCACCAACACAGAUGAGACUAUUGUGCCUCCAGACGUGCCGAGCUACUUGUCCUCACAAGGGACUCUUUCUGACCGGCAGGAAGCGGUUGUCAGAGGAGACAACCAACAGCCUAAUGGACACAUAGACAGCAAUGGUAUGUGUCAGACUGAUGCUGGAAGGUGUCCAGAUGUUGAAGCUCCCACUGUAGGUUGCAGACAGCCAAAGCUGUGUAUUGGCUAUAAUAAAGACACUUGGAAAACUGAAGACACGGCUGACGGAAUGCUCGUUCCAGAUAAGACAGGCUAUGGCCUGCCCGUGGUGUGCACAGACUGCAGCGGCAGCACAGACAGCAUGAACAUCCACAUCUAUCCUGGUGAGUCGGAGUACUACGCUGAGGGCCUUCAGACUCUGGAUGGUUCCUACCACAAUGCACUGAGCAGCAAGGAACGGAGCAGGAAGAGGGGUGCAGGCACCACCAGCCUUCUUCAUCCACAGCAGUGCAACGGGAUUGCCAGCAGCAAGAGGAUGGAAGCUGAUGGGACCCUCUACCCCAGCAACCACGACAGAAUAACGGCUGUGAGCACAACCAGCCCUCUGCUUGCAGACCAACAUGGCUCUUCGCAAUCAGGAGCAAAGCCUUCAGAGCUUAACAACCUGAACUUGGUGAGAGCUUCACCGGCAGGAGGGUCACUAAAGCAACUGAACGUGCUUCCUGAAAUUCCCCCAACACUACUGGAUCUGCAGAGUGAAGCAGAAGCAAAACAGGCCCUCCUGGCCAAUGGCUUCACACCCAAGUCGUGCGACUCCAGUCAUGCGUUUAAGCCCUCGAGCAGAUCAACAGACUGAGAGGACAGACUGCCAUGUGCAAAGUAACAAACAUGCUAUUAUUAUUAUUAUUUUUUGCACAGAGUAUAUAGGCUACUUACUUCUACCUCAAAUCUUGAACUGAUGACCUGUCAAAGGCAAAACAGCUGAGGUAUGAGAAACAAGCUUGUAUGGGGAACAAA